AUGGCUGCUGCCAUUGAGCCCACAAGCUUUGAGGAGGAACAGCUUCCAAGUAAGAGAGGAACUAUGAUCUGGAAGCCCAGAAAAGGUAAGCCUGAACAAAACAAAGCAGAUAAAUGUUUGCUGAAGAAUGUUCCAAAUGGUCUUGAUAGUGAGUCUGAAGAAGGUGAAUUCUCUGAUAGCUCUCACAAUGAAAAUGAUGUCAGCGGCUCUCCUGUUGACUGCGUUCAUGUAAGUCCUGACCUAGAAGACUUGGGUGGUGAAGUCCCCAGUAUGCCCGAGGCUGCAACUUUUCCAGAGCUGCAAACUGCUUCUGUGUACGAGGUGGAGGACUGGGAUAAAGAAUUGGAGGAUGCUGAAUGUAAUCCUUACGAUGCUGGCGAUCUCCACUGUGGAAGCUUUCAGGAAAAUAAUCUUUUGGCCUCGUACUCAUGGCGAGAGGAUUCGUUUUACAACCCAGGCUGUCACCAUGCAGCUUGCCUUGCUUUUACACCACCGGUUAGAAUGACUGAGACUGGCCAGUUUGAUGAUGCUGAUGAAUGA